CUGCGGUAAAGAUGGCGGCGGCGGAGGGGGCACGCAGCGGCUGGAGCAGAACGAAACGACCCCAGACGGGUCCGCUUUAAGAGAAACAGCGCUGGGAGCUGGAGCAUCGUACAUUCCCGUUUAACAGAACGGCUUAUCCGGUGCCGUUUGGUAGAAUUUAACGAUCAGACUGUACGUUGUUUGCUGUUAGGUGGUGGGUGGGUUCUCUCGAUCUCCCUCAUACACACACAUUACGUUACACAGACGGCUAAGCUAAGCUAACGGAGCUCGGUCCGGUCCGGUAGAGGAGGAAGCGAAGGGGUGACCAAGAAGUGGAAGACUAUCAUCCCGAACAGAACAGGCCGUCGUCCCGCGGGUCGUUCUUUGGGGGAUGUGAGGCGUCCAAACGGACGGCGGGUCUUUCCACGGAUCUGUGUUAUUUUCCCACCCAGAACUCUCGCAGGAUGGGACAACAGGUAGGCCGCGUGGGAGAAGGGGCUUCCGCUGGGAUCCAGACCCCACCGCAGGGGCAACAGCAGCAGGGUAGAUCGAACCGGCCCAGCAGCUCCGGGAGGAGACCCCGAGACGGCGGCGGCGGCAGCGGCAGCAACAUCACCGGGACUCCACCGGGCAGAACUGCCGCCGCUGCCGCUGCAGCGAACAUCACGCUGGAUCCAGGAAUCAAUGUUUUCACGCUGCAUUCAGAGGCCCUGCACAGGCCGUUUGGACUGGACUCGACGUCGCUGACGGAGGCGGUGCGCUGGAGCUCGAAGGAGAAUCUGCUGGGGGCUGCAGAGAGUGACCCCAACCUCUUUGUAGCGCUUUACGACUUUGUUGCCAGUGGUGACAACACACUGAGCAUCACAAAAGGAGAGAAGCUGCGAGUGUUGGGGUACAACCAGAAUGGCGAGUGGAGUGAAGUCCGGUCGAAGAAUGGCCAGGGUUGGGUGCCCAGUAACUACAUCACCCCCGUGAACAGUCUGGAGAAGCACAGCUGGUAUCAUGGGCCUGUGUCCCGCAGCGCCGCUGAGUACCUGCUCAGCAGCCUGAUCAACGGCAGCUUCCUAGUGAGAGAGAGCGAGAGCAGCCCUGGCCAGCUCUCCAUCUCCCUUCGCUAUGAGGGACGGGUCUAUCAUUACCGGAUCAACACUGCCUCUGAUGGAAAGGUCUAUGUAACAGCUGAAAGUCGUUUCAGCACAUUAGCUGAGCUGGUUCAUCAUCAUUCCACAGUGGCAGAUGGUCUGGUAACCACAUUACACUAUCCUGCUCCAAAAUGCAACAAACCAACCGUCUACGGCGUCUCCCCCAUCCACGACAAGUGGGAGAUGGAGCGCACCGACAUCACCAUGAAGCACAAGUUAGGCGGAGGCCAAUACGGAGAGGUGUACGUCGGAGUUUGGAAAAAGUACAACCUCACCGUAGCCGUAAAAACACUAAAGGAGGACACCAUGGAGGUUGAAGAGUUUCUGAAGGAAGCUGCAGUCAUGAAGGAGGUGAAACAUCCCAAUUUGGUACAAUUGCUAGGUGUGUGUACAUUGGAGCCUCCAUUCUAUAUAGUGACCGAGUACAUGCCACACGGGAACCUGCUGGACUAUCUGCGUGAGUGUGACCGGGAGCAGGUCAAUGCUGUGGUUUUGCUGUACAUGGCCACUCAGAUCUCCUCUGCCAUGGAGUAUCUGGAGAAGAAGAACUUCAUCCACAGGGACUUGGCAGCACGUAAUUGUUUGGUUGGAGAGAAUCAUGUGGUCAAGGUGGCUGAUUUUGGACUGAGCCGGCUGAUGACAGGUGACACCUACACCGCUCAUGCUGGGGCCAAAUUCCCCAUCAAAUGGACCGCGCCAGAGAGUCUGGCCUAUAACACCUUCUCCAUCAAAUCAGAUGUGUGGGCAUUUGGAGUUUUGCUCUGGGAGAUUGCCACAUAUGGCAUGUCUCCAUACCCAGGAAUCGACCUGUCUCAGGUGUACGAUCUGCUGGAGAAGGGCUACCGCAUGGAGCAGCCCGAGGGCUGUCCACCUAAAGUCUAUGAGCUCAUGAGAGCCUGCUGGCAGUGGAGUCCACUAGAUAGACCCUCAUUUGCUGAGAUUCACCAGGCCUUUGAGACCAUGUUCCAUGACUCGAGCAUCUCAGAAGAGGUCGCCGAAGAGCUGUGUAAAACCGCAUCUGGUGGGCAAGGUGGGCUCACACACACCUUUGGCCACGAUAUGCCACUCUUGCCUUCAAAGUCUCGUGGGCAGAAGAAACACUCUGAGAACAAAGAGAAUAUGGAGGAGGCAGGACCUCACGGCCCUGCAGGUCUUGCAGCAUCCCUUUUUUUGGGUGAUGGACGCUCCAGCAGCUCUCCUGCCCUACCACGGAAACGGAGGGAUAAGUCUCCUUCUAACCUGCUGGAGGACUCCCAAGACACUACCUUCACCCGAGACCGCAAGGCUGGCUUCUUCAGUUCCUUCAUGAAGAAGAAGUCCAUGUCUUCCUCUUCUACUUCAUCCUCACCUCAGCAGCAACAGAAUCUCCCUAUGCCUCCCAAGAGGAGCAGCUCUUUCCGGGAGAUGGAGACCCAGCCCCAUAAAAAGUAUGAGCCCACGGCUGGGUUUGCAGGCCCUCCUCCUCCAUUGCCCCAAACUGAUGGGUUGAAUUUUUCUCCAUCUCAUGCAGAGGGCAACCACGUGCAGUCCCGCUGUUGUGGGGCCACAUUUGGACAAAAACCCUCAAGUUCAAACUCUGGAGCAACUUCUGGUCAAGUGGGAAGCAGUAGUAGUUGGGGAAGCCUUGCAGGCUUCUUUACCCCUCGCCUUAUCAAAAAGACCCUGGGUUUGCGGACUGGUAAACCUUCUGGAAUAGACGAAGGAAGUGGAACCAAGCCAUUCCCUCGUUCCAAUUCCACUUCCUCUAUGUCUGCCGGGUUGCCGGACUUAGAGCGGAUGGCGCUGACAUUACCAAGAAACCGAAGCAAACCCCCAUUAGAACGUACAACUUCCACCACCUCACAGCCAGAGAAUGGGGCAGCACGACCUUCAGAUGCAAUCCUGAGGAAGCUUGACGAAGGUACGGCUCAGAUACGAGAUCGUCCCAAAGCCAAACUCUUGCCACGAGGGGUCGCAGGUGGAGUUAGGGCACCGGGUGUAGGGGGAGAGGCAAAUUCAGAGUCCAACACACGAGGAAAAGAUGGGCAAGAUGACAGGCAAGGCUGGUCAUCUCCAUCGAAAACCUCCACUCUUGUUUCGGUCAAUCUGCACAACCACAAAGUUCCAGUGCUGAUCUCCCCAACCCUAAAGCACAGCUCAGCUGAUGUACACCUAGUCGGUGUGGACUCUCAGGGCAACCGCUUUAAACUGCUGUCCGACAGUGGCGAUCGUGACCGACCUCGACUGGUGAAGCCUAAAUGUGCACCUCCUCCACCGCCCAUGCUCCGCUCCCUCCAACACUCCUACAGUGCUGAUUCAGCUGACGAAGUUGUCAGUGGAAACAUUGAGGUCAAUGGAGAUGCCGUCAAAAGGACAGGAAGAGAAGCCAGAGGAGCACGUCCAUCAAUACCACCACCACAAGUGCCUCCAGCCCCCAUAGUCCCCUCUAUCAACAACAACACCCAAACUAAGAUGGCCAACGGUGCUUCCAGUGGUGGACCUGGCCCUACUUCCGCCAAACCCACCCUUAGACGGACUCGGCAGCAGACAGAACGAAUCCCACUGGAGAAGAUCAGCAAGGAGGCUCUUUUGGAAUGUGCCGAAUGUUUGAGUAGUGCUCUUCAAGGCAACACCGAGCUUUCCUCAAGCAGCCAGGUCCUGGAUGUGGGACACCAACUUUUGGACUACUGCUCGGGGUAUGUCGAUUGCAUCCCCCAGACACGUAAUAAAUUUGCCUUUCGUGAGGCAGUGGGGAAACUGGAGUUGAGUCUACAGGAGCUGCGCGCUUCCUCUACAGGUGGGGGAGUGGGACCUGGGACCAGCCCGGCUCUUGACAACUUGCACACGUGCAUUAAAGAGAUCAGUGAUGUUGUGCAAAGGUAGCCACUGUGUCCACCUCCAAAACUCCUCCUCCUGUACUCCUUGAGACUUUGGGUAUCAGAAUCAAUUUAGUUUUAUUUAAGUUUUGGGGGACAGAGAGUAUUCUCUAAGAAGUACCUCAGAAAAUUACUACAAACAGUCUCUCUAACUUUUUAUUGUUUACAGGUGACUUUCUCCUUGAAAUUGCCAGGUGGGAACAGAGUUCUUUGUAUAUAAGCUUUUUGUCACUACCAAAAUACACAGUUUUGUUUUUGACAAAUUAAUAUUUACAGUUUUAUCUUUGUAUGACUGAAUCAAUUUUCACAAAUACAGGGGUUGCACAGGUUAAUGUGAACCGACUACAAAUUAACUGGUCCACUUAUCACGCAUUUUACGGAUUUCCUUUUGCUUUUUCGAUAUUUCACUUGCAUUAGUUCCAUGGUAACUGGAUUUUGCAUCAGAUUGUCAAUGCAAACAUACAAAUCCCAAACAGUUAUGGCAUAAAUUGAACUUAAACAAUAUUGUUCGUUCUGAAACUGCAGUAGUAAUGAAUUUGGAUUGCAAACACUGCUCUGUCUCAUAUUAGACACUAAAACUGCUUCUGACAACAUCCCAUACUGUCUUUUUUUUUUAUUUGACCACACUUGAUUGGUCCAUUUGAUGACCAUUCAUAAUUUCUGUAAUUAGUCUUUAUUUUGACAUGGUCCAUGCAUUAUUGUUGCUAGCAGUAAUUGGCUGUGGCAUAGUUGAAAUGGUGUUGGGUCUGUCACCACAUGGAUCAUAUUCGGCCUUUUAUAUCUGUGGCCUUUAGAUAAUGCCCCCGUCAGCCAGAUGGCACAAAUCUACAGUCUGA